AUGGAGCCCAUGAAGCUCUAUCGGGGAGUGAGGCAGAGGCAUUGGGGGAAAUGGGUUGCUGAGAUCCGUCUCCCCCGAAACAGGACGCGCCUCUGGCUUGGAACGUUCGAUACCGCCGAGGAAGCCGCCUUGGCUUACGACAAUGCGGCGUUCAAGCUCCGCGGCGACUUCGCCAGGCUGAAUUUCUCAAGCCUCCGGCACCAGGGGUCCCACGUCGAGUGCAAGUUCGGCGAGUACAAGCCCCUCUAUUCCUCCGUCGACGCCAAGCUCGAAGCGAUUUGCCAGAGCUUGGCAGAGAACGGCGGGAAAGGAGGGAAGAAGAAGAAACCCUCGACGACGGUUGCAAAGAAGGCGGCUGCGGCUGCGGCAAAGGCCGCGACGGUGGUGAAGAGGCGCCGUUGGAUUAUGACACUAGGAACUUCAAUUUGGAGAAGUGCCCUUCUUAUGAGAUCGAUUGGGAUUCAAUUUGAUAAAAUAAAGGAUGGGGAAGAAGGGAUAGGGACGAGGUCCAUCGUCUUCCACCAUUUGUUCGGGUAUGAAGAGAUGAGGAAGAAGGGAUUAUUUUUUAUUUUUUAUUUUGUAUUUUAA